CGAGUCUGUUUCCAAGGUGACGGUGUGGCGGCCUCGGUGGUGGAUUGAGCGGGUCUGAGCGAGGUUCCCAGAGGGCUGCGCGUCCCCGUCCUGUCGGCGCUGUCAUGGCGGGUUUGCUGAAGAAGACCACCGGCCUUGUGGGAUUGGCUGUCUGUGAGAGUCCGCACGAGAGGCUAAGAAUAUUGUACACAAAGAUUCUUGAUGUUCUUGAGCAAAUUCCUAAAAAUGCAGCAUAUAGGAAGUACACAGAACAGAUUACAAAUGAGAAGCUGAGUAUGGUUAAAGCGGAACCAGAUGUUAAGAAAUUAGAAGACCAACUUCAGUGUGGCCAACUAGAAGAGGUUAUUCUUCAGGCUGAAAAUGAACUAAGUCUGGCAAGAAAAAUGUUACAGUGGAAACCAUGGGAGCCUUUAGUGGAAGAGCCUCCUGCCAACCAAUGGAAAUGGCCAAUAUAAUCAUCAUUAAAUGAUUGCAGUCAGAAUGCAAGAGAAGGCUUCUGCGGGGAAAGUGGAAAAGCUUUAGAGGGAGUCAGAGGUCCAGGGGUUCUCAUCCCAUGGUUCCAGUGCCAUCAAGAGCUCAAGUGGAGGCAAGUUGUCAACCUCUCAGAUUGACCUAUUUCUUCCUUUGUAAAAAAAAAAGUAGAACUUAUGAUUUAUAACUUCCUUUUCAGUCCUAAAUACUUGCUUUAAAUAUAAUACAUACUUAUAGAUGUAAAAAAAAAAUACAUGAUCUUAAAGCAUAUCUGUAUAGAUAAUUUAAGCUGAUUUCCUAAUCAACUACUUGUUUUUUAGGUCCUUUGAGCACAUGAACACAAAGAUGGCUUGAUGUCUCUCUCAGACUUUCUAGUCUCACCUCCCACGAUUCUUGGGCAUCAUGUAUUUUACAAACCGGGUUCCUGUAGCUAAUAAAAAGGGAACCAUAUUGAUGUUUGCAUUAGAAAUGCUAGUGGUAGAACAGUAGUAGUAUAGUAAUAAUAUAAUAAUAAUAACUAGUAUUUGUUAAUGUUUGCCAGGUACCGGUCUAAGUACUUGACUAAUUUUACUCUUAAAUCUGCACUACAACUCCUAAAAGAGUGAUCAUGUAAAUUAUCUCCAUUUCUCCAGAUAAGGAAACCAAAAUUCAGUGUGAGUACUGUUCUGGAAUCAUAGGCCACUAUAGGCAACACAGGCACCUUGGAAAAACAGGUGAAUAAGUGGUGUAAUAAUGAACCGAGGUCCUGUAGCUAGCUAGUAAGAUGUGGAGCUAAAUUUUGAAUCUGGGAGUCUUGCUACAGAACUCAUGUUCCUAACCAUUAUAUUAUUUUUAUGAAUAUUCUUGCAUUGCUGUCACUCCUGCCUAUACCAUAGGGACUGUACUAAAAUAACCUAUUUCUUGCUUUCAUGAUUUGUUUUGUCAAAAUGACUAUAAAGAACAAAUAGGAACAAAGAUAGUAAACUGGAUUUCAUUUUGUAGAAAAAUCUUCAUAUGGAUUAUAGGUUGAUAAUAUAAAUGGGAUAGGUAUUUAAAAGGCAUUUUUGUGUGGGGCAUGUUUCUACAUUUAUUAACUGCCAUUCCAACUGCCCAUACACCUUACAUCUGAUAGUUUUUACUCCUUCAAAAAAUUUUCUGGUUGCUCUAUAACGUCCAGAUUAGGCUUUCCUGAUCUCUUUACAAGUGAUUCUUCCAUUUAAAGAUACUCAGUGUUGCUGAGUGGCUUCUAGACUAAUUUGAGUAAUUUUCAGAAUGGCCCAUUUCAAUUCCUCCUAGGCUUUUUAGGUUUCAUUCAGAUUAAUCACACAACAGACACUUCAAAAGGAAAAGAAGCUAAUCAGUUUGAGCUUUGCAAACAAGAAAGUGGCAGCAAAGUUGACAUUCCCUUUCUUCUAUCUGUGAACUGAGUGCAGAAUAUUCAAAUUUAUCCCAUUCUUUCCUUUGGGAUAGAAAUAAUUUGUAUCUAGGAUGAUACAUAAUUUUUUGUUCAACCUGUAAUGAUUUUGAGAGAUCAAAGAAGUAGUAAUAAUGUCAUAAAGGUAACAGGUAUAAACUAUGACUAUCAUGGGCUAAUGGUAUGUGGCACCCACUGGAGUAAGUAAGGCUCAGCGUUGGGGGGUGCCAUAAUUUCCACACCAGAAGUUACAGAAGUGGUCUUAUCUGAGUAGAAAGGCUGUGAUGUCAGCAGUGGCAGCCAUUGGGAGCCACCAGGCCUCAGGUUUCGUGUGUCCUGUCAUUCUCCAUUUUUCUACUUCCUCCCCACACCCCAGCUUCUCAGAAUUGGGGGAUGGAAGAAAAGGAGCUUACCAUCAUCAUUCCCUUUUCUAAUCUUAAAGUGCAGUUAAAGAAGUGAAGCUAAUUGAGCUUUUUGCUGCUAUUAUAAUGGAAAGCGGAUUUAUUUUCAAGCAUGGCAGUGAGGAUUAGCAUACUAGAUAAAAGUAAGAUCAGUCUUUCAUAGCUGACUUUGGGACCUCGUACAAUGGGAGGGUUGCUGUGUUGCCUUCAGAAGUUAAGUCUUCAUCUGAUGCUUUAGCAGGCUUUUGAAACAGAUUCCUGUUGGAAUUCCUUCUGCUUUCAGGAUGGUGUUCCAGAUAGUUUAUGUUCUUCUGUAUAUCCAGGAACUCUUCCAUGAAGUCUAAGAGAUCAGUUUCACUGUUUUCCAAAGCCAAGAUUUUCAGGUCUUAAAGGACCUUGCUUCACCUGUGCUCCAAAGGCAGAGCAGACUGUUUGAGAGUUGCCAUUUCCCUGUUACCUACAUCAGGCCUCAAUUGCUGGAAGACAUAUCCUGCACCUAAAUGUUUUCUCUGUCAAAGGGAGGAAAUCAACAAUGUUCUUUAUGGGAAAAUACCCAUAUCUUGGCUAAUACUCACUUUUUCUUUUUCCUCCCAGGCUCUAUGGUUAUAUAAACAAAUAGGAAUUAGAGAAACCAUUUGUCUGAGUGUGUUCUGAUGUCUAGGGUAAAGCAGCAAAUCGAGUAACAUACUAUGAGUAUUUUCCAUCUGAGGGUAGAAUUUCCUUUAGAACUCAGUACUUAAUGGGAUGAUAGCCUAUGCUAUAAUAAUAGUAACACUAAUGAUUUGCGAAAGCGGUAAAUGAGAACAUAAAAGUUUGGCUUACAGGGGGAUGAAGAAGUUUAUUUUCUUUUUUAAAAAGAUUUUGAGAGAGAGUAGAGAGAGAGAGCACAAGUGGGGGUGAAGGGUAGAGGCAGAAGGAGACUCUGCUGAGCAGGAAGCCUGAUGCAGGGCUUGAUCACAGGACCCUAAGAUCAUGACCUGAGCCGAAGGCAGAUGCUUAACUGACUGCACCACCCAAGCACCCCUGAAGAUGUUUAUUUUUAAUAUAAUUCACAAGAAAUCAAAGUGGGAAUGUGAUACAUGAUUUGAAUUUAUGAUAGGGACUGGAGAAAUUUAUUUGAAACUCAGUAUUUAGAGAGGGAAUAAACCAAAACUCUACUUAGUGAAAGAAAAUAGUGAGAAAAACAGUGAAUUCAAAUAGGUUACCCCUAAAUCCUAAUGUCUUAACAGAAGUUUGUUUCUUUUUCAUAGUGCAUGGCUAAUGAAGGUUGACAGUUCUCAAAAGAGUUACAUAAGGGAUCUGGGCUGAGGAUGGUGCCAUUUCAACUCAUGCUUCCAUAACCAUAGGGCAGGGGAAAGGGAACAUACCAGUCACACACACACACACACACACACACACACACACAAAAGACAAAUUUUUGAAUGUGCUAUAACACUCAAAUUUACCUUGCCACGCAUUGCUAAUAAGGAGUUUGUUAUCUCUGUCUGCCAAAAGAAUAAAUAAAGUCUAAAAUAAAAUUAGAUUUUUUUUUAGAUUUGAUUUAUUUGACAGAGAUCAAAAGUAGGCAGAGAGGUGGAAGCAGGCUCCGUGCCAAGCAGAGAGCCAGAUGUGGGGCCAGAUCCCAGGACUCUGGGAUCAUGACCUGAGCCAAAGGCAGAGGCUUUAACCCACUGAGCCACCCGGACGGCUCUAACAGCGAGUUUUCAAAGUGAUCUUUCGGUUUAUAUUAGUAGCUAAGUUUUUGUAGUGUGCUUAGAUGGAAUUUAUGAUGAAUUAACCUCUUUCUGUUUAUGACUAUAAAUGAAAAGCACUGCAGAGAUUCUUUUUUGGAAUUUCUCGUGAUCUUCAAAUAUGUCUUUUUCAGAUGACCAUUUUAGGCAUUUCUAAAUGGCUCUCAUACUCAUACUAUUAAUCUAAAUGCCUCUCAUACUCACACUAUUGUAUGACAGAAUAUUUCACAUCAUUCUCUUUUCUAUACCUGGAUAAAACCAAACUUUUUCAUAACUCAUUUGGAAGUAAAAUCUGACCUGAAUUGACAUAAAGCUAUUUGUGAUCUUUAUCUCACUUUAAUGUGUGAAUAUGAAUAUAUUUUUGCACAGAAUUCUUAAUGUAUUUGAUUCUGGAUUACUUCCCCAGAUGUACUGACAGUGUUACAGAAUAUACAGUAUAUGCCCAUAUCACCUUUAAAAAAUCUGAAUUAAUUUAAACAUAUCUGUCCCUUAAAGUUUCAGAAAAGGGACUAUGGAUCUGUAUUUAUAUAGUCUCUUUAAACAAGCUCAUAGAGGUAUGGUCCAAAUUUAAUCCAAAGGCAUAAUUUUCAGGUUUUCUAAAUUCUAAUAUUUUCUCUAACUUAUUUAUUUGUAACAAUGGGAAAUACUUUGAGAUGCUUGAUUUCAUAAAGCCACUAGGUGGCAUCUUUGUAGAAAUAAAAGCGCAUUAAAAGAAGUAUUUAUUAUAUAAAUAAACUGAGAUAAAUAAAAAGUAGAUGUGUCAUGAAAAAGAUAAGUAAUUUUGGGCAAUAAAUCCUGAGAAAAUGCACAAGUUUAUUGUGAAAAGUAAAAUAUAAAAUGAAAUUUAAAAAUCACUUAUCCACUUUCAGAAUUGAGAGCCUUUUUCCUAUUGGUUGUUUUCAGUUUGCUUUCACAUUUAUUUUGUGUAACCAAACAAUUAUAUAUUUGUGUGUAUAUAA